AGGCGUGGCGGGAGCGGGGAACGGGCGGGAAGAGCAAGUGGCAGUCAACCGCGCUCACACCACCCCACGCAUCCCCCCUCAUCCCUCCAAUCCCCUUCACCUCUGCCCCACGCAUUCCGCUCAUUUCCUUUCCAUUCACGCAACCACCCUUGCAUUGCUCUUCCCCCUCCUCUCCCCCUCCUCUCGCCUUCAUUUCCCCCUUCUUUUCCGCUCCUUUCACCCACCUUUCCCCCUCUUAACGCAUCCAUUUCCGUCUCUCUCCGUGCAACCACCGUUCCCUCCGUUCCCCAUCUUCCUGCAAACCCCCUCCUCUUUCUCUGCGAGUCUGCUGCUUUCCCCCUUGUGUCCCCCUGCACCCCUGCUGCCCCGCGCCUGCCCCACGCGUGCGCGCAUGUGGCGCCUGCAACAACCGCACCAACCAACCAUCACCGCGCUGCCACCGCCCUUCAUACUGCUGCCAUCGCCUGCCCAUGCACCAAACCCUUUCUCGCACCCUCUUCCGCCCUCCUUUCCCUCUGUCUUCCACUUUCCUCUCCCCCUCCUCUCUCCUUCCUUACCCUCUUCCCUUCCCCUUCUUAUCCCCUUGCUUCCCUCUCACUUCCCCCUCCUUCGCCCUCAUUUUCCCUCGCCCCUUCCUAAUCCCCUCCCCUUUCCUUCUUUCGCCUCCUUUCACUCUCCUGUUCUCUCCCCUUCCCCCCCAUUCUCCCUCCUGACCCCCUCCCCUCCUUUCCCCCUCCUCUCUCCGUUCCCGCUCCUUCAUCUUCUAUUUCCUCCAUUUCCCCUCCUUUCCCCCUCCUGUCACCCUCCUAUCCGCCUCCCGUCCCCCUACAUCUCCUCUCCUUUCCUCCUCUACCCCCCUUGCUUUCCUUCUCCUGUUCCCCUCCUUUCCCCCUCCGUCCAACCACCUUUCCCUCAUUUCCCCAUCUUCCUCCAACCCCCUCCUAUUCGCCUGCCUGACUCCGCCUUUCACUUCUCACUACUUCUUUUCCUCCGAUCCCCCUCCCUUCCCCCUCCCAUUCCUCCCUCCAUUCCCUUUUCUUCCCCCGCCUUUCUCCCUCCUUACCCCCUCCUUGCCCCUUCCUUCCCUCCUCCUUCCCCCCUCGUUUUCCGCUCCGUCCCCCUCAUUUACCCUGCCCACUUCGAUCCUUUACCUAUUCCACUGCCCGUCUCCUCCUUUCGCGCUCAUUGUUUCCCUUCCCAUUUCCCCCUUUCUUCCCUCCUUUCCCCCACCGCCCCCCCUCCUUUCCCCCUCCGUCCCCCCUCCGUGCGCGCUCCUGCGCCCCUGCUGCCGCGCGCCUUGCGCGGCCACGCGGGGCUCAACGGGGCUCUCCACUCGCCCUGCCGCCACACCUGCUGCUCCUCCGCCCCUGCUGCCCGCCUGCUGCCCUCGCCCCCCCCUCCCUCCUCGCCACGCCCAUCCCCGCGCUGCGCCCUCCACUCCCCCACGUCAGCUCCUUGCCGCGCCUGA